GACGUGUUACCUAUGUUGUCAUGUUUGUUAAACUGUACAUACUGGGUGGUUGUGAACUUGUUGUGGGCUUUUACAUGUUCAGUCACAUGAUAACAGAGGCGGCCUUAAUACAUAGAGCGCGUUAGUCCUUUGUGGUUGUAAUGUGAGUCACGCAGCCUGCAUUGACAAAAAGAUAUUCAAUUCCGCUGCCGCGUAUGCAACCCUCUUUGUUGAUUACACUCACACCAAGACCCGGAUGACGCAUUCCCCGACACACAGCUUGAACCAAUCUACCUUGUACUACAGGUAGUGUAUGUAGUGUGCAGCCGGACUGGAGCGUGGUAGCAGCAUUGCAUUAUAGCAAAGGAUGGCAAGCAGGAAGGAAACACCACGAACUGAAUCGUCUACCAACAUAAAACCUAAAGUUUCAGCUUUUUAUGAUGAAGGAGACGUCUUUACAGUUGAAUUCACGGACAACGAAGAAAGGUCUUGGACAUAUGUAACAGAAUGGACAUGCAUUCCAACAUCCGGGGAAUGUGAGAUCAUACUUACACGAAGAAUUAAUGAACAUUUGUGUAACAUGAUGCGUCACUUUGACAGACCUCCUAAUGUGAAGCUGACGAGUUUACGGAAUCCUCAACAAAAGGUCAUACUUGUCUUCGGGCAUGACACAGAGGCUAACGCUUUCAACAUGUUCCGUAAGUACACUGAUGUGAGAAGCACUGUCGUAUCAUUUCUGCAGAAAGAAAAAAUACCCAUGGAGGAUAUCAAAGUGAGAGUACGACUCACAAGAACGGGUCAGUCAACAGGGCAGCAAGACAAAGGGUACAACUGUAUAUUUGAUCCGACGCCAGAUUACCCUGAAGAAGAAAAGUCAGAAACAACGUGGUUCUGCAUACCUGACAACCCCAACCUUGAGGUCGACAACAACGAGGCGAGCAACAGUGAGUUUACGCGAUUUAAGGAAAAUAUCAGAAAUUCAUUCAGGGCUGUUUUGAGGAGAGUUUCGACUGGUUCUGUGAUAUUUACUUUUCAUCAUGGAAGCACAGAAGACGCUCUGGAGAUGAUCAGUAAACACGAUGAAGUGAGAGCCAAGAUCCUGGAGUGUCUCCAGGGGAUUGAUUCCACAGUAAAGGAAAUCCAGAUGGAGGUCCAGCUGCAAGUCUUCAUAGAUCCACGUUCACUGCCUGAACAUGGCGACCAAGAUAAACGAUACGUGGACAAACAGGAACACGACAAAGAGGUAAAGGACCUGUCAGAACAAGUGGCAACCUUGACGUUACAAUUACAAGAGAUGAAGGAGAAGGAACAAGCACAACUGGCAGACUUUCGGCUGUCAAUGUGGAAGACGAGGCCAGGUUCUCCUCAGCCCUCAGAAAGCAGUGGAUUCUUUUCAGUUACAACAACAGACACAAUGACAGAUGUCUGUGUUGAGGAGUUUCAGGAUACCACAGAUCUAUCAGAACCUGAAGGCGGCCACAGGCAAGGGGGAGCCAGUAAACCACGGCACACGUCUGGAACCGUCACUCAUCUGAGAAGACAACUUGCAGACAUGAAGCAGGAACUUGAGGCCACCACGGAGAGGAUGCACAGACUUGAGAUCGCACAAAGCAAAGGUAACCCUGGUCAAGAAUUACUACAACAACACCCGCCUAUGGCAGCCAUUAUACAACAAUGAACAUUCCUUUGAAAA